AAUGGCCAAGAAACAGGUUAUAACAAACGUCAAAAUAUUGAGAUAUUUGUUUAUGUUCAUUUAUUUAUAAUUUACGCCCUGAGACUUUGACGAAAAUCGUAUUAAAAAUGAACGUGAUAGGAGCCGUAAAGGCUUACGUUGAUAAAAUGACGGACGAAAGUGAGCCAGGAAUGAAAGUCCUGCUAAUGGACAAAGAAACAACCAGUAUUAUAAGCAUGGUAUACAGCCAAAGUGAAAUACAGCAAAAAGAGGUAUUUUUACUAGAAAGAAUCGACUCUCCUAACUAUGCCAACUCCUCAGGUCUCAGAUACCUUAAGUGUUUGUGCUUUUUACGACCUACACAGGAAAAUAUACAGGCUCUGUGUACUGAGCUGCAAAACCCCAAAUAUGGAGCCUACUAUAUUUAUUUUUCAAAUAUUGUUGCAAAGGCUGACAUAAAGAUGUUAGCCGAGUAUGAUGAGCAAGAAGUUGUUAAAGAAGUGUUAGAACUGUAUGUGGAUUACCUUGCUGUCAAUCCACAUUUAUUUUCACUGGGCAUACCUUCUUGCAUGGAAAAACUGUCCUGGAGUAGAAAUGCCUUGCAGAGGAGUGUUCAAGGUCUUGUUUCUGUAGCCUUGUCACUCAGGAAGUCUCCUAUUAUCAGAUACCAAGCUAACUCAAAGUUAGCAAAAGAACUGGGGACUCGUGUAGAUGAUAUAAUGAAUAAAGAAUCAUCCUUAUUUGACUUUAAACAGGCAGGCCACAGUCUACUUAUAAUUUUAGAUAGGCGAGACGACCCGAUCACACCAUUACUCACACAAUGGACAUAUCAAGCGAUGGUUCAUGAAUUAAUGACUAUUAAUAACAAUAGGGUUAAUUUAUCCAGUUUUUCAGGUGUUCCCAAAGAGUUAUCUGAAGUGGUUCUAUCAGCCGAACAAGACGCAUUUUAUGCAAAAAAUAUUUUUAUGAAUUAUGGAGAAAUUGGACAAAAUAUUAAACAGCUCAUGGAUCAAUUUCAAGCCAAAGCAAAAAGCCAUCAGAAAAUCGAAAGUAUUGCAGAUAUGAAGAGCUUCGUGGAAUCGUAUCCGCAAUUUAAAAAGCUUUCCGGCAAUGUCUCCAAACAUGUCACAGUAGUAGGCGAACUGAGCUCCAUGGUACAUAAAUAUCAUUUGCUUGAUGUUUCCGAGGUAGAACAAGAAAUGAGCUCACAAAACGACCACUCUCAUCACUUAAGCAGCGUAAAAAAAUUAAUUCAAGACGAGAAGAUUCGCCACCAUGAUGCUGCGAAAUUGGUCAUGAUUUAUGCCUUGAGAUACCAGAACCACAGCAACAAUGAGACAUCUACUCUGAUAGAAUUAUUAAGAAAAAGGGGGAUAUCAGAAAGACUUCUUAAAGAUAUAGUUUAUUUACUUGAAUAUGCCGGGUCACAUGCCAGACAGAACAAUCUUUUUAAUGCCGAAGAGGCUGUCAAAAUUACAAAAAGGUUCUUUAAAGGUUUAAGUGGUGUCGAUAAUGUUUACACGCAACACAAGCCUUUGCUCCACGACAUUUUGGAGGAUCUUGUCAAAAGCAAACUUAAAGAUAUGUUGUAUCCAGUUGUAGGAAAUCGUUCUAGUGGGUUUAGGGCUCAAGAUAUAAUAGUUUUUAUAGUGGGAGGUGCCACUUAUGAAGAGUCACUGACAGUGCACACUUUUAAUAAAAGUUAUCCGAAUUUCAAUGUGCUUCUUGGUGGCACUACCAUUCAUAAUUCGAACAGCUUUUUGGAAGAAAUCGAAAACGCUUUUAGAGGUGAGGAUAUGCUGUCCGUAAGGAAGCACACUAAACAUUUAAGGAACGUUAGGUUCAACUGAAAAAUCUGAUUAAGUGAAACAUUUACAUUCCGCAAUUCUUUAUUUUAUAAGCCAAAUAAUUAUUUAUUGUUCUACUGCAGUAUGUUUAUGUAAGUUAAUACAUAUAAAUAUUGUUAUAUAUGUA